AAUUGUGGUGGGAUGUUUGGAUCCCUCCAAUUUUAAUCAAAGAUCUCGUAUUUGCAUCCAGAAAUGAACCUUGCAAUGUGUGAAUUCGAAUUAGUCUAGCUCUAACUUGCAUACCACACAAAAAAUGAAAAAAAGUUAUGCAAAUGUACAUUUCAUUAACCGUUUUAUUUUCCCUCUUCACAAAGAGACAAUCAAAAGAGUCUUUCUUACCUUAUUUUUCUCUCUUCCACUUCUGUCUUGUCUCUCUUUCCUCUCUCAUUUUUCCUAGAGAACAAACAACAACACAACAUUAGGAAGAACAAAAAAAGCAACCCAGGUUUUCUUCUUCUUGGCAAUGUGCUACGAUGGACCACCAGAGGACGUUAACGAUGAACUGGGAUGGUCUUGGAGAAGAUGAUGAUGAUGAUAACUUCUGUGAGUCUCGUGACCGUCUUUCCACAGCCAUUUCCCUUGACUUGGGAUCCUCAGGAUCAGAUGAUGAUGAUGAAUUCGAGGACUGCCGUCUCUCUUUUGUCUCGACCCUUUCCUCGGCCUCUAUCAAGAAAUUCCAAGGAAUUGAGAUUGAGGCAGUUUCUGAUUCUUUUAGCAGCACGGACUAUGGAAUGUGGAUGGCUGAACCUGGGGAUAUCAAGGAACGUCGCAAGCGCCUCUUGCAAGGCAUGGGAUUGUCUAGCAAUAAGGACCUCCUCAAGCUCAAAAGCGCCAAGAUUGUACGAGCCAUUUCAAAAAGAGUUGAGAAAAUCAAGGACACCCAACCACCAAAGGUGGAUUGUUCUCCUGCAAAAGGAUUAAAUCAAGAACGACUGCCUUUAGCUACACAGCCAAUUGCGCUGGUAAGGUCGAGAUCAGAUGGAGAUAUACAAUAUUUUUCUGUAAAUACCAAGAAAAGGAAAGAAGAGCUAGUUGGUGACAUCUCUAAACAACGUCUCACCAGGACUUUUUCAGGCGUUUUGGCACCAACCAUAGGAGCAUGCCAAUUGACCGGUUCUGUUAGAAUGUCGCCAAAAAAGAACAAAAGUGGAUUGUUAAUGCAAAAUGGCAGUGAUAUGUCAUCCACAUUGCCCAAUGGGAAUCCUGAUGUGGGCUUUGCUUCAUUCUUCUUGAUAAAGAAUUUGGACACCGGAAAGGAGUUCAUCGUCAAAGAGUCCGAUGAAGAAGGGAUGUGGAAUAAACUCAGUGAUAUUCAGACAGGGAAGCAGCUUACCAUGGAUGAAUUUGAGAAACAUGUGGGAUAUUCUCCUGUUGUCAAGGAACUGAUGCGCCGGGUAAAUGGAUCAAGAAAUCAUGAUGAUGAGAGGAAGCUACACGCAAAUUCAUAUCUCAGUAAGAGCUUUAGAAAUAGCAAGAGAAGGGGAGUUGCUCUUUUGAAGAACAUAAAAGGAGUAGCACACAGCAUGAGUGGGAGAAUUAUUGAUAAAGAACGUGAGCAACAUGUGACUCAUGAGGAACAUCCGAAAUCAAAUAAGAACUCCUCCAAAUGGAUUAAAGUGCGUCAGCAUGGGAAGUCCUGCAAAGAACUCACAGCUUUGCACUUAAGCCAGGAAAUCCAUGCUCACGAGGGUUCAAUAUGGACCAUAAGAUUCAGCUCAGAUGCACACUAUCUAGCAACUGCAGGAGAAGAUACAUUAAUUCAUAUAUGGGAAGUGCAAGAAUGCGAAGUUGCAAAUAACCUAAACUCUGUUGGUGGUACAAUGGCAGGUGCUGCAAGUGCCUCACCUAUUUAUCCAACGGUUGGCUCUGUCAGUGCAUCCCCUGUUCAUCCAAUUGCCAGGUCCAAUUCAGACCGGCCUCCUCUUCCGGAGACUGGACAUAUGACAUCAGCAAGAAGGAAGAGGGGUAAGCUCUCCCAUAAGAAAAAGGGCAACUCAGUUCCGGAGUAUGUCAAUGUACCAGAAACUGUUUUUGCUCUUUCGGAGAAGCCAAUAUGCACUCUUAAAGGUCACCAAGAUGAUGUCUUGGACUUAUCUUGGUCAAGAUCUCAGCUACUGCUGUCAUCCUCGAUAGACAAGACUGUCAGGCUAUGGGAUGUUGAAACUAAGAGUUGCUUAAAAAUGUUCGCGCACAAUGAUUAUGUAACUUGCAUACAGAUCAAUCCAAUGGAUGACGACUACUUCAUCAGCGGUUCUCUGGAUGCAAAGGUUCGGAUUUGGAAUAUACCUGAUCGAAAAGUUGUAGAUUGGACUGAUCUUCAUGAAAUGGUCACUGCUACUAGCUUCACCCCUGACGGCCAGGCUGCUAUAAUAGGCUCACAUAAAGGCAGCUGUCGUAUGUACGCUACCUCUGAAUGCAAACUGGAACAGAAAGACAAUAUCGAAAUUCAACCUAAGAAGAGUUCUCAACUCAAGAAAGUCACUGGUUUACAGUUUGCCCCAUGGAAUCCAGCAGAAGUGCUUAUAACUUCAGCUGAUUCUCGUAUAAGAAUUUUUGACGGGCCAGAUAUGAUCUAUAAAUUUAGAGGUUUCCGAAAUACAAGCAGCCAAAUUGCAGCUUCCUUUAGUUCAGACGGAAAUUACGUCAUAAGUGCAAGUGAAGACUCUCAUGUCUACAUCUGGAGGAGAGAAGAACCUAAGAGCCCCCGUGGUAAACCUAGAACUUCAAUUUCAGUUCAAGCUCACGAGCGCUUUCAAUGUAAAGAUGUUUCAGUUGCAAUCCCAUGGCCAGGUAGUGUAAAAAAUGAACCGCCUCUUGUAGAGAUGCAUUCGAAAAGGCAUUCAAAACGUUUCCUCCCACCCCAGUAUCCCACUACUGGCUCUCCUACAAAAGAAAAUUCAGAUUUGGCAAAUAGCAAAAGGCACAUGCCACCUCUAUCCAGCAAAAGUAAUGCAUUAGAGAGAGUCCAGAGUAGUCAGGAAGAGGAAGACUUAGCUCAACUCUCUCGGACAGAUUUUGGUAUUGGUUCCGGAGAAUCAUUUACAUCAGGUUCUUCAUCAACUAGGUUUGGUGAUUCACCUUCUAUAUCUGCGUCCAGCAGCUCCCGGUCACAUUCUUGGUCCGCCACUUGGUCUCAGGAUAACAGCCACGGCAGCAAUGUUAUCCAAGCAACAGCAUGGGGCAUGGUAAUUGUGACAGCAAGUUUGGGAGGAGAAAUCAGGAUCUAUCAAAAUUUUGGGCUACCACUGAAAGCUGGUCGUCAGACGAAUCUCUUUAGAGACCUUACAUAAAUUGUCGUUAGGAAACCAAUCGAUAAUAUUCUGUUCUGAGGCUCAAAUUUUACUACAAUACUUAGUUGUUUAAGACUUAGUCGAGCUCAAGUUACAAUGAACUAGGCAGAAGCCACCGGCUUCCCACUGUUGAUAAGUGGAAACAGGUGAAAAGAUUUUUCUUUUAGUACAAUUUACAUUAGAAAUUCAAGGUAGAGAUCACAGUGUUCAGUGUUCCAUCAGAUUGAGCAUUUUAACUAGCACUGUGCAAAGCUUUGUUUAUUUAGCAAGUGUUUUCUGGUUAGCACUUAACAGCUACAAAUCGAACUUUCAUUGGCACGUUUACUUUUGGAACAUAUCAUAUUGAUGUACUAUACCACAAUAACAACAAAUGAUUAUAGUUGAAAAUAAAAUGAAUAAAAGUGGAGAAAAUAAAUUAA